AUGUCCAAGUUUCAAGUAAUACCACCUUUUUUUCCGAAAACUCGUUCGUCAUCAGAAGCAGUCCGUUCCAGCAAUGUUCACGAGGUUCAGCAUGGUGGUAACAGCAUGGAUGAACACAGUGCCCACGGUGCAACACCUCUUGGGGAUCGCUUAGCUGGCCGUAGCGUUGCUACGGAGCAGCCCCCCUCGAGUACACCACCCAACCUUGUCAGCCCAUUUAAAGACAUAUCGUUCGCCAACCAUGGCACUCCCCGCACGGAAGGAAGUUUCAACGUGAGCCUGCAGAGCCUUCCGCCGGGGGUGGAAAUCAGACCUGAGGAUGAGCUUCGUCUUCGUGAACAGAUUGAACGCCUACAAAGGGAGGUUCUGCGCGCACGUACUACUAUAGCUGACUAUAAAGACAAUCAGAGUAAUCUUCAGAGCCGCCUGAAUGCUUCCGAGACCGAGCGGCGCACUACGGUGCUCGAACUGCAGGAAAUCUCCCAACAGUUCCGGGCAUUUAGGCGGUCAGUGGAGGAACAACGAAGAGCGCAUGAGAGAGAAAAAUUAGAAUUUAUUGAGGUAAAAUCCCAGCGCGACGACCUGCUGGAGAAGAUGCAGGACGCUUGGGAUCGUAUUGCGGCUUUCUCAUUGGAGCAGAAGAAGUCUGAAGCUGAGAAAGUGCUCCUGCAUGAGACCGUUUGGCGUGAGUUUGGCUUGUCAGAGCAGCAGGCGGUAGCCCUGCGCCAGCAUCUUCAGAGCCUUAACUCACGGACACUAGAGCUUACGCAUGAGAAGCAAGAGACUAAUGACAGAUACAUUCGUCUUCUACAUUGUAUUGGAGAUACGGUUCGCGAGUUGAAUACGACGCUCAAGGGCCGCAUUCAUGAAAGCUUCGAGCGUAUCCGAUCACUGCAAUCCAUUAACGCUACUUCGAACUCUGAGGUGCGGAGUGGGAAAUACCUUUUAGAUCAGACUAGUUCGGAGUUGGAGAGAUCAUGGGAGGAUGGCUUUGAUGGGAUCUUUCAAUCGGAUGCUCCAGGGACGGAUGACAUGGUGAAUGACGUCGCCUCUCCCAGAGAAGUCGUGCAACAGCUGCUAACACCGCUGCUGCAAUCUCUACGAGGUAUCGGAUCGAUAUGGCAGCAUCUUUUCCACGCGCAGCAAGCGGCCUUGAUGGAGCUCAACGAUGCGUGCGAGGCCCGAAGCACUCUUUUGAACGACCUGACAUCCCUCCGACAAGCUCAUGAGCAGCUCCUAGCGAAGUCAGCACGGGAGCAGGAGGAGGUUCAUGUGGGUAACGUGGAGUCUGUGCAUGGGUUGCGUGCUUUGGCUCGUCAGCUGCGCUGUGAUGCAAACUGGGCGGCGGUGCAGAGCUGCGUGAUGCGACUCCAGCAGCGAUGCCAGGGCGCACCGGCAUCCACGAAGAUGGGCGAAGACGACCAGGUGUUUAAAUCGAUGCAGUCGAGCUACAAGGCGGCGAGUAUGACCUCGGAUACAGUGAGGCGAUGGCCGAAUGAGAACACGCGCUGUCUUGACACCCUAUCGGAAGGUAUUGAUAGAAGCGAGAAGCAUGACAGCUCGGUAGAAUCGCGCCAACACACCCGUAGCGAAGUCACUUUCCAAGCAAAAUCCGCACCAAUCCCAGAGAUGAAGCCGUGCUACCAAACCGCUUCCCCAGCACACCACCCACCGCAUGGGCUUCGGCACAUAGGGGCUCUCACUCGUUCUCAGACUUUACCUGGGAUGCUAUCUACACCAAAGCGAGGCCAAGAUGAAUUGGCAUCAAUUACAGGCGUAACUAAUGCAGAACUAGAAAAGCGCGUAGGGGUGCGGAAUGACCUGCUCUUCUUUUUUGCAGCAGCCUGUUGCGACCUAAUUUCAGACUUAGCAGCAGUCAUAAAACAGCGGUAUAUUUUGUGUCGUCACUUGUGGUGGGCUACGGGCACUGGUAUUACAUCUGUUUGCUAUCCUUCAGGUGCGAGUUUAUCAAUGAGGGCUAGACGAAGGUCUCUGCGGGUAUUGGUUCUUGCUGUGAUGGCAGUCCAUCGACUGUGCGAUGCUGUUUCAAAUCGGCGAGAAGAGGGAAUUAGGUUUAUUAAACGACGGUGGUGGGGUGAUCGGUUGCGAAAGGAGUUGUCAUCGGAGAACAGGUUGCUGCACAGUAGGUGCUCGAUAGAUGCCGUCGGUGGACGCGCUGGCGUGGAGGUCUGGCCCGAGACCGUUUGCCAACUGCUGGACUCCGAGGGCGAUGGUACGGCAGCUGCAAUGGAGCGCGACGGGGAGCUCAUUUCCAUCAUGGAGACGCUCUUAGAGGCCGCAGAGACCGUCGGCGCCUUUUACCCGAGUGGGUAUCUUGGGCACGAUCUGUUGCCCUCGCCAAUCCGGCGUACAACCCCGUCUCCUUGCUCUCGUAAACACGCCUUAGCGCCUAGAGCAAUCCAUUGUCGUCUGUUCGAUCAUGAUGAAAAGCCCUACCUCACUACACAUGACGCAGGCUUGGAGGUCACUAGGCCUCCUCUAUCCUUGGCAGGUGGGAACGCUAAACAUACAUUUCGCAAUGGUGAACCUAUUAGAAGGGAUGAGAACUCCUUUACAGUGGCGCACGCAUCAGGACUGCAUUUGCAGAGCGACCCCCACCCUGCGCGUGCGAUGAGGACGGAAGUUGAUAUUUCGCUAUUAUCUUCCAUCCGAGGCGGCCAAAGGGGCGGGGGCACUGGAUCAACUGCCGCGAUCAAUGAGCCGAACGGUCAAUCCAGCUCAGUUUUUGGAUUGGCCGUGGAUGUUGCUUACCCCGCCCCCGUACUGAAGCCAUCUCAGGCCUCUUCUGAGGAGGACAAAGGUUUUGGGGGGAGGUCUGGGUUGGAGGGGAGGAACGUUGAGGACACCCUGAAGCUUUCGAUUCAACAGGAUUACUUUGAGCGGGCCUACCGCGGCGCGGCGCCGCGGGUUCACUCCUCUUCCCUCCACGAGGACAGUGCCAGAGAUGAAAUCACCAACACAGGCAACUAUUCCUCGAAGGUUCACGUGUCUUUUCCAUCGGACACGUUUGCAACAGAGGUUAUGGGUAUGAUUGAGGCAUUGGAUCGCUGCGUAACGGGGGCGCUGAGGCGUGGGGAGGGAGGAAUAGAAAGCGCAAGAGAAAGCAUAGAAUGA